UCAAUUCGGCAAAAAUGGAAUGUGGUUGUUUAUAUGAAAAACUUUAAGAACAUUCUGGUACCUCCAGAUGAAGAAGAUAGAUGAAAAAUUUCAUUCUCACUCAGAGGAUUUUUGAAGGAAGACAAAAAGGAAAAGUCUAUAAAGCCUAAGGUUCUUAAUCUAGCAAGGAAUACCAAAAGCUUAACAUAUAGGAAAGGAUCAAAAUCUUUCAAGAUCUCAAAAGAUCUUUCCUUUACUACCACUGGCACUAAUUGCGAUACAUAUAAUGCUCAGUACAGUAUUAACGAAGGUGUCCUGCUACCUGUGAUAACUUCGCUUCCAAAUACUGUGCUUCAAGAUUUAUAUAAAGCUCCAACACAUUGAUACAUUUCCACCACCUGCCAUAUCACCCAAGCCACCCACCUCAGCUCCACCUGCACCGUCACCAUCCCCCUCAAGCCCGGCUGCUGGUACAAGGAAGUCAUCUUCCAUGUCCCAGUCAAGCUCGAGCUCAUGGUCAUGGUCUCCUGGGCCGGAGCAGAGCCCGCAAGGGCUCUGGCCCAGAGACUAGUCGAUGAGAAGGAGCAUGCGACUAGAGAAUGGGUGAUGGCCAAGGUCUUGCAGCAGGAGAGACUGGUGGAAGAAGUAGGCACAGGGAAAGGGGUGAAGAGAAGUAAGGGAAGAGGGUUGAGAGAGGUUUUGGAGAGAGGGGAGGAGGGAUUUGGGAAGGAGGAGGAGAAGGGGGUGGAAUUGGGGAGUGAGGGGAAUAAGAAGAAGCAGUUUUUUAAGGUAAUGCCAAAGGUGGUUGAGGAUCAUGAGGAAUGAAUGGGUACUGAUUGGUCAGAUUGAUGUGGAAGUGGGUCUGAGAAUCAUGAAGAGUAUACCCCUAAACUCAAUAUCAAAGACUUUCCACAAGCCAGAAGAACAAAAGAGACUCGGCCCAAAAAUAGGCGUUCUUCUUCCAAAAAUUCUCUAGCCAUCCCAUCAACUCCAAAUUCCUUCCUCACUACAAACGCUGCCUCCUUUUCCAUGACCUUCAAACGCAACAGUACAUCACUGAAGAACGCAUUUUCAAGUCUCUCCGCUCACAAAUCGUCUUUUAUGCUCAAAACCCCUUCACUUCAUAACAAAGAACAAAUGAAGAAAGUUCAAGAGUGGCUUGAUAAGUGGUUUAAAGAAACAAAGAAGGAAAUUGAACGGGCUGUGAAGAAAAUUAGUAAAGAUAAGCAUUUCAGUAAACUUAAGAGCAAGUAUUAUGGGUAUUUAGAGAGAGGAUAUGACAAGUUUAUUGGAGAGAAAGUUCAUUCUGAACGAUCGAUAGGGUGUGUUGUGAAGAAUCCAAUGCAAGGAGUGCUUUAUCAAGCCAGGAUGAUUCGUGAGGAGGCUAAAGAUAUGGAUAAAUGGGAAAUUGCAGAUAUUGAGUCUUCUAAUAAAUAUAGUAUACCUGUGUUAAUAGAAACCAGUGGGUUUUUAAAAGAUUCAACUGCUCGCAAAAGUCCUGCACAUCAAUAUCAUAUCUUUAUCCUUCUUCAUGGUCUUGAUGCUUCUCAUUUAAACAUGAUUAAGCUCAUGAAGCAUAUCUCAAUAGCCUGCGAAAACGUUGAGUUUAUACUUCCUCAAGCAAUGGAUAAGAAAAAUUCUAGGCAAUCAAUACAGAAAUCAGCUGAAGAUAUCACAGCAGAAAUCACAGAACAUCUUGAUAAUAAUUUCGAAAUUGAGGAUGUUUCAGGAAUCUCUUUCAUUUGACACUCCUUAGGCGGAAUAGUUGCUAGAGAAGUCAUCUGAAGGCUCAAGAAAUUUCAAGAAAAAUUCUGUUGAUACUUUUCUAUGGCAACUCCUCACCUUGGGGCUGUUCACCAAAAAUCUCUAGUCAAGAUAGGAAUGUGGUUUAUGAAAAUGUUCAAUAAAACAGGUGCAUUUAGCCAACUUGAACUUGCAGAUGCUAAAGCUCCUGAAGAUUGAUUUUUAUAUAAGCUAUCUGAGAAAGAAUGAUUUUCAAAGUUUGAUCAUGUCUAUUUCUUUUGAUCACCUGAGGAUUCUCUGUGCCCAUACUUCUCUGCUAGAGCGCAAAUAUUUGAGGACUCCAAGGAGGACACUAAACAUUCAGCAGAAAUCGCACAGAAUAUUUUCAAUGACUGAACUGAAUACAAUGAUGUGUCAUUAGAUAAUUCUAGCUUUUCAGACUUUAUACCUAAAUCUGAGCGAGAAGAUUGCAUAAUAAACAGAACUAUAGUCGAUGUGGUAUUUGACGAUACUGAAGAGUACAAUUUUAUAGUCAACAAGCAAGACCAUAUAGGAUUUACAGACAAUGAUUACUUUUGCUCGAUGUUCGCUCAUCGGUACAUAAAGAAGAUCUGUUCAUAG